CGUGACGUAACUCUUACGUUGUUUCUGGACAUCUCCGGCUGACAGACUUUAGCAUUAACAGGCAUCAGGGAGUUCCAGACAUCUCCCGAACAUGGCUUUAAAUCGAAAUCAUUCGCAGAACGGCGGAGUUUUGAUAAAUAAUGGCGAAAGUGUCCUAAGGGAAUGCAAGAAUGUGGAGCUGUCAUUUAGCGAUGUCACUUGCAAGACAGAUCUUCUGAAGGGGACCAAGAAGGGCAACAUUUACCUUACACCAUACAGGUUGGUGUUUGUAUCCAGCAAUAACAAGGAUUCCCUGGGUUCAGCCAUGUUCCCCUAUUAUUUGAUGAAAGGCUGCAGCAUUGAGCAGCCAGUCUUUGCAGCCAAUUACAUAAAAGGCACAGUGUCUGCUGAGCCAGGUGGUGGGUGGGAGGGCCAGGCACAUUUCAAGAUGUCAUUUACCAGCGGAGGAGCCAUCGAGGUGGGGCAGCACCUCUUCAAACUGGCCACAAAUGCCUCUCGUGCUGCUCCAGUUCAGAACGGUGCGCCCUCCUAUGGUUACCCUUCACCUGGCGUGAUGAAUGGCUUUGGUCCACCUCCACCUGCCCAUAAUGGCUACCCUUACCCACCCCCUCCACAGCAGAAUGGAUACUACCAGGGCCCUCCUCCGGUUGCUGGCAGUAUGGGCUACCCUUAUCCAACAGCCGCUGCAGGAAUGUACCCAGCUGCUUUUGACUACAUGGCUCCACCUCCCCCUUACCCGGGGCCACCCCAAAAUUGGGUUCCACCCUCUCAGAACUGGACUGCACCGCCACCUCCUCCAGGUAACUCAAAGGCGGCUGAAGCAGCAGGCAGUGCGUAUUAUAAUCCAAGCAAUCCACACAAUGUCUACAUGCCCAUGGAGCGGCCUCCACCAUAUGCACCUUAUCCAAACUCUCCUGACAAGAAGAAUAACUGAGACUCAGGCAUCAUCACUUCACUAACACUCCUCAUUUUCUCUGUUUUCUAAAGAAAGGAGUAAUAUUGAUGGAUACUUAGUCAGUUUGUAGAAUUGUGAAAAGAAAAGGCAAAUAACAGAGGACUCAGAUAUGUUAAUGAGAUCUGACCAUACAAUCAGUGAUAUUUUGGGGACUGGAACAUCUUAUAACAAUUGUACCUUUUUAAAUCCUGUUUUCAUCUUGCUUACUUUUCUGAAUCUAUUCAUUAUUAAAUAAUAGUCUUAUAAGUGGGAUGAAGUUCAUUCUGACUAAUCUUUAACACUUAGGAGAAAUGUAAAGGAGACAGUGUGGAGAAUGUAUGUUUUCCUUUUAUUUUUAAAGACAAAUUUAUUACCAUUUUGAAGCAAUUUAUCGAUUGCACUUCUUGUACUUACUAACAAUUGAUAUUCCUCCUAUUUUCCCUCCUAGUAUAACUACAAAUUUGAUGUCUUUGUGACUUUAUAUUGAGUUUUUGUUCAUAUACAGAACAAGUUUGAAAACUGUUUAGUUAUACAAGGAAGAUAAUAACUGUAAACAAGUCUUCUUCAUCCAUCACAAGUGUGAUCCCAUACUCGGUUCCAUUAUAACUUAACAGUGUGUGUUCAUUUAAUUUUUCCAUAUAUUAUGUUUGGUUAUAAAAAAACAGAGGCACAGUAUUUAAAGAUAGAGUUUGGAAACAUUUCUUAUGGAACAAGUUUAUGUUAUACUACGCUAACGUCUUGCAUAACAAGGUUACAGGUGAGGUGAGCUGAAACCAGAACUCUACUUGUUCAGUAGUUACACCAGUGGGGGGUUACAGGGCCACAUUGAUUUAUGUGGGGGCCGUCAAUGUAUUGCCUGCUGCUGAAACCAUUUAUUCCAGAUUAAAGAGUGGUGAGGAGCCAGCGGGCCAUGUAAUAGCUUCCCCCUUAAUGUGCACCAGUUAGCACCUGUUUGAUGGACUAUAGUCAGAUAUAGUGAAUAGAAAAGGGGGGCGGUUAGUUUUCCAGAUUUAAACAAAUGUCUGUAUAUUAAUAUCUCUUUUGCAGUUCUUUCUUUUUGCAGAAUUCUGUCUUUGAGUUGAAAUCUAAUAAAGAGUAAUUUAUCAAAGA